UAAAGAACCUGCCUUAUCUGCCAGUAAAGCUGCUGGUGCUGGUAACCUGGAAGCUACGGACACUGUUGGCUAGUUAUGUGAUCUUUCGUCAAUGAGGUGUGGAGGUGACUCUGGUGAAGGGAGACACCUGUAGUGUUUCCUGACCAACAGUGUACCACCACCUGCUUCCAUUCCUGGCGACACCGCGAGUACUGUCUGAGACGUGUGACGAUGUCUCCUUGAGUUCGCAAAACGUGUGUCGGUCACAGGCGUUCAGCAGGAGAGAGCAUAGAGGAGGCUGCCACACUCAGUCUGCUGGGUAUCCCUCCCUCAGCCUGCUGGGUGACCACUGUCAGCCUGCUGGGUGACCACUGUCAGCCCGCUGGGUAACCAACUCCUGAAGACGGAGAGGUGAAAAUGGAGGUUGGUCUGGGUCGAACAAUCAUCACACUGCUUCUUAUUACAGCACAAGGACUUGGCUAUAACAGGUACUCCUACGACGACUACAACAGCGACGGCACCUACUACUACGACAAUAAUGACGGAGAGGAAGACGUACCCAUCUUUCUGGCUCGCUCUCAGACAUUCACUGUGGAGGUGGGACAGUCUGUCAUCAUCCCCUGUGACGUUGAAAACGCUGGUAACAACAAGCUCAUUAUCAAGAAAAUUUCCCCCAACACUGGGAAGGAGAAGUUGAUGUGGGUUGGGAGUGAGAGAGUGACUAGGGACCGACGCAUUACUGUGGACGGCUACCGUCUAACUCUCUCUGGCGUGCGACCCCGAGACGCUGGCACCUUCCUCUGUAUGUUCGAGAUGGAGCCGCCCAUCCAGCUGAGACACUCUCUGGACGUGCAGUUUGCGCCCACCAUCAGAUCUCUGGCGCCGCCUGAGCAGCACGUCACCAAGGGUACCUCCCUAACCCUGGAGUGUCAGGCUGAGGGCAACCCUAAGCCCAUCAUUCACUGGUCUCGUCAGGAAGGUCCUCUUCCCUCUGGCCAGAGCACACAACUGGGCCGUAACCUCACACUGGAGGGCGUCGACCGCCUCGUGGAAGGCACAUACCUCUGCACUGCUGACAACGGUAUCGGCGAGGCAGCUUCAGCUGCCAUGACCAUUGCUGUGGAGUACCCACCAGAGGUCACCACCGAGAAGGGAAUCGUGCGAAGUGGAGAAGGCGACCGGGUAGAGCUGGUGUGUGUGGUGAGGGGUCGCCCUACCCCGGAGGUGUCUUGGACGCGCGAUGGACACCCUCUUCAGGAAGCACAAGUGGACACCAAGCUACCCUACCUGGGGCGUCGAAAUGACACCGCCCACUUGAGCUUCAUACACGCCGCCCACCUGAGCCUCGCCCACGCCGCCCAUCGACACAUCCUUACUUUCGCUAACGUCUCCGAGAAGGACUUCGGAGCUUACGUCUGCAUCGCCAGGAACACGCACGGGCAAAGAGAUGCCGUAAUACAAAUGACAGGGUUGCCCAAACCACCGCAGGUGACCAGCAGCGCCAAUGGUGGGGAGAGUACCAGCUACACACUCACCUGGGAGACAGAGAGCUACUAUCCCAUCACAGAGUUCCUCGUCAAGUACCAUAAGUCUCACCUUGGGGACUGGCAGAACAACCACAGCAUGGUGAUGGCAGGCUCCUGGGAGACUGUCUCGAGGAAGGUAGAGCUUGAGAGAGUGAGAGAGGUGAAGGAAGCCAGGAGACACCACCUGGCCCUCACCCUGACGGGGCUGCAGGUGGCCACGGACUACGUGGCCGUCGUCAGAGUGAGGAACAAGUAUGGUUGGUCAGCCCAGUCGCCCCACUUCACCUUCUCCACCAAGAAAGGCGAGUGUUGAAACACACACAUACGUUAUCAUGCAUACUGCAAACAUAAUAUGUUUAUAGUAUUAUGCAAUAAUC